AUGAGAAAUUAUUUACAACGUAUUGAUAAAGAAAAAAGAAGAGAUUGGAAAGGAUUUUAUGCACGUUCAACACAUCCAGAACAUGAAAUAAAAAAUUACUUAAUUGAUAACAUUCAUAAAAUUUGCCCGGGGUUUAAAUACCUUGUGGAUUUCGAAUGGGAAAUUGAAGAGGGUCAUCCUAACAAAGGAAAAGGAGAUUUGAUUUUUGGAUCAGAUUACAAAACUUAUUUGACAAUUGAAACUAAAUCUCUUCAUACAGGAAUUUCAAGAGCUGAUGUUGUAGCAAUAAAAGCAUAA